GUUUGAACCCUUCGGCAGCCUCCGAUGUGAACAGAAUUUUCUGUACAGUGAGUUUUGCAAGCAUUCUACAACUUGGUCCCACUCCUGUAGAUAAGUACUGGUAGGCCCAGUAUCCCGGUCGACGGUCUGAGUAUCUGCCAUUUGGGCUAGCUGGAGAAGAACAAUACCGGAGAGUAUAUUUUUGUGCUAUCAGGGCCAGAUUCUCAGUGACUAAUUAACGGCUUUCUUUGUCAACCCUUUGCUGGCCUCCAGGUCUUCUAACUACCUUGAGGUAGAUUGAAAGAGUGUGAAAUCGAACGCCAUCCGUCACAAGCCAGCAUUGGUCCUGGGAUCGACCAGCGAUUACUAUAGUAAAGAGAAGGAAGAGUGAGACGACUACCUGGUAAGGUGGUGCCAGUCACCUGCAAGCAAAGAUGUGCAAAGGACCGAUGCACGAGUUCCUUCAAGCCGUGCCCAAAUGCGAACAUCAUAUCCAUGUUGAAGGCUCCCUCGAACCCUCCCUCCUCUUUACCCUCGCCCGCCGCAACUCCAUCAACCUACCCUCUCCAUCCGACGACCCGGCCUUUUCAUCCGUGUCAUCCCUCCUAGCCCGCUACCGCCGCUUCACAUCCCUCGACGACUUCCUGCACUACUACUUCAUCGGCAUGUCCGUGCUGGUCACUUCGGACGACUUCGAAUCCCUAGCCUACGCAUACUUCACGCGCGCCGCGGCCGACGGCGUCGUGCACGCCGAACUUUUCUUCGACCCGCAGGCUCACACGUCUCGAGGCGUCGCUUACUCCACCGUCCUCGCCGGCUUCACUGCCGCCCAGGCCCGCGCCAAUGCCGACCUGGGCAUCACAUCCGAACUCAUCGUGUGCAUAUUACGCCACCUGCCCCCCUCCGACGGCGAGGCCAUGUACCGCGCCGCGCUGCCGGACCUUUUGUCCGGCAGAGUCCGGGGCCUCGGCCUGAGCAGCACGGAAAAGGGCAACCCUCCCCAUCUCUUCAAGGAGACAUAUCUCGACGCCGAAACCCGCGGCAUAAACCGCACCGCGCAUGCCGGCGAGGAAGCCGGCGUCGACUACAUGGCCGAAGCCCUCACGGAACUCCACAUCCAGCGCGUCGACCACGGCAUCAAACUCACCGAAGAUCCCGCGGUCAUGGCCGAGUUUGUGGCCCAAAACAUAAUGGUGACCAUGUGUCCUCUAUCGAACGUCGAGUUGUGCUGCGUCAAGAACGUCGGUGACUUGCCGAUCAGAAAGUAUCUCGACCAAGGCGUGCGCUUUAGCAUCAAUAGUGACGAUCCCGCGUAUUUUGGUGGCUAUAUUCUCGACAAUUACUGCGCCGUGCAGGAUCACUUUGGCCUGACAAAGGAUGAAUGGGAGAAGAUCGCGAGGAAUAGUAUACAGGGGAGUUGGUGUGGAGAGGAAAGGAAGCGCGAGAUGGGCAAGAUGUUGGACGCGGUGAUGGAGAGGUUUAGAACCUAGAUCAAUGGCUUGACCGUGAAGGGUCUGAUAUAUUUUCGUAGAUCAAGACACGCAUACGGCAUACAAAUCAUAUAUAGUCAGCUCUGAAGCAGGGAAAAGGGACGGCUAUGCUGUCAGGUCAUGAGGUACGAAAGACCGAGUCAAAGUUUCUGUUAAAGGGGGUUAGACUACUGCAAGGCUGAGUUUCCAUUCCAUCGUUCCCAGCACAAGGAAUUGGACACAUGGAUACAGGAAUGGCUUCGUCAUCAAUCCACCAAUCAUCGUGUCAGCUGGAGUUAUUUUUGGGUAUCAACAUGAGCAUAGAUCGUCAGCCUGUCAAUUUGUAUCUUCAUCUUGUGUCGGCUAGCUUGAACUGCGUGAAGC